GUGAUGUGGAGUACUUUGCUAGCAUGUAGGAGAGUCUGGUUUCUAGGAUCAGGGAAGAAAAAAAAAAAAUCCAAAUAGAAAUCCAGCUCUAGCUCAACAAUCUGAGUUCUCUACUUCAAAACAUUGAGAAUACAUUUUGUAAAAUCCAGAAGCAGGAAGUGCUAGCACACGUCUUUAAUCUCAGCACUCAGAAAGCAUAGGCAGGUGGAUCUCAGUGAGUUCGAGGCCAGUUUGAUCUCCUGAGCAGAAUUCCAGGACAGCCACAGCUACAGAAACAAAAUUCCAGAAAACCCGUGUAGGUCUGAGCUCUGUCUCUGGGGCCUGGUCUCGGUCCUGUAUUGCCUGCUUGCAGCCUGGGUCUUGAGCCCGACAAAGACAGCACAGAAGACUCCUGGAACGCAAAGGCAGAGACAGUGUUUCUUGCCGGAGCGCUCUCCCCGGCUCUCCCGGAAGCGGUGCCUGGGUAGCGGUGUCAGCAGCGAUGGACGUGGAGCAGAUGAACAGGGCAGGAACUUGGAAUCAGGAGCUGAUGCAGAGGCUGUGGAAGGGUGCUGUUUACUGACUUACUCCUCAUGACUUGGUCAACCUGCCAGGGUCUGUAAAUCCUAGAACUACCAGCCCAGAGAUGACACCACCCACAUUGGGUCGGACCCUCCCUCACCAAUCACUGAUUAAGAAAGUGCCUUACAGGCCUACCUGCCACCUGAUGAAAGCAUUCACAGACCGCUGUUCUCAGUGCGCCGCUGUCUCCUGGGGCCUUACUGAUGAAGGCAAAUACUAUUGUACCUCCUGCCACAAUGUCACAGAUCGAUCCGAGGAAGUCGUGAGCACUGCAGUUAUCCCUAACACCAAGAUCAACUCCAUUAGCAGGGGCCUGAGACAGAGAAGCAAGCAUGAGAAAGGCUGGGAUUGGUACGUGUGUGAAGGCUUCCAGUGCAUACUUUAUCACCAAGCAGAAGCCCUGGAGACCCUCGGAGUAAGCCCAGAACUAAAGAAUGAAGUCUUGCACAGUUUUUGGAAGCGCUACCUUCAGAAGAGCAAGCAGGCCUAUUGUAAAAACCCAGUUCGCACAAGUGGAAGGAAAGCCAAGGUAUUAGAAGACAAUCUGCAGUCCUCUGACUGGGGCAGUGAUUUUGAGUUGCUCAGUGACACCACAUGUCCUCCUGAAAGUGGAGCAGAGUUCCAGUCUGACUCCCAGACUCCAAAGCCUUUCCCUGCCACCAAACGAUCAUCAAAGUCAGCAGCAUCCGUCUGUUCUGGAUCUGUUGAUGGAGUGGAGUACUCAGAGCGGAAGGAGAAGGGGCUCCUGAAGAUGACUGUGCCCAGGACACUUGCCCUCUGCUAUCUGUCCUUGCUCUGGCAGAGAGAAACAAUUACACUUUCAGACCUUUUGAGGUUUGUUGAAGAGGACCGUAUUCCAUACAUAAAUGCUUUUAAGGUUUUUCCAGAGGAGAUGAAAGUAUAUGGUCGUGACAAAGGCAUCUUUGCUGUCGAGUUUAAAGGCAGCUAGAGGAUGCUAAGUGGAAUCUCUAAAAGAGAAGACGCAGUGGCAGUUUGUGGUACAAGGCUGUUUCCAUGUCUUACAUCACCAGCUGUGAGACAUAAAUUUUGUGUGAGUUGGGCCUGUAUUUGCUAAUUCAGUCCACAAGAACUGUGUGCAUGGAUGUGCUCAGUUGUGUGGUUGAUCAAAUGAUGAGAGAUGAAUUUGAAACAAAAUAUAUAAACACUGCUUUGGGAGAGUUCAAAUUGUCUUGCUGAAGUUUUUGUUUUCCUACUCAAACCAGAAAUUUUGAGACUGCUUCUGAUGUAAUCAUUGUGUGAUAGAAGUCCAUUAAAUACUAUUCUAUUAUUUAGUUUAAAAAAGGAUUUCAUUAAAUUUGUUAGGAAAUACCUUUGGGUAUAAGCUAGGGUAUUUAACAGUAAGAAGCUUGGGCCUGUUGGUAUCAGUUGUGAGAUAAAUCAUCUUAUCAGUUAAUGUGUGCUCACCAGUUCUCAAGCCAGUAGUGCUCAAAAAUGGCGUCUAUUGGGGGAACAUUUAUAUUGCUUUUGGGAGAGCCAUACCUCACUGCCAAAUGAAACUGGUGAUUUCAUAUGGAUUAUCUGUGAUUUAGUUUGAUCCUGACUACUACACCCUGGUGCCCAGUGUGCUCAGCCCAAGGUUCUCCUCCCUGCACUACCUGGAGAAGAGACUGGAAACUUGUUUUGCACUUGAUCUUGACAGGCAUGAAUCUCCUACCAAAAAAAAAAAAAACCCCAAAAAAACAAACAAAAAAAACCAAACCAGUCACUAGGCUCUUCCAGAAUCAGUCCCAAGAGGGGACUACCUGCUUUGCUGAACACCAGUUCUUAGUUUCUUUCUUUUUUUUUAAAGAUUUAUUUAUUAUGUAUACAGGAUUCUGCCUGCAUGUACACCUGCAUGCUAGAGGUAGACACCAGAUCUCAUUACAGAUGGUUAUGAGUCACCAUGUGGUUGCUGGGAUUUGAACUCAGGACCUCUAGAAGAGCAGAGAAUGCUCUUAACCUCUGAGCCAUCUCUCCAGGCCUAGUUCUUAGUUUCUUAUAGUAUUAGGCUGUGACACUGGAACACAGUUCCAACAACAGUCCGCACGGUCCAGAAGUCACCAGCUCCUGCAGUAGCAAGUCCACCUUGGUCCUCAGCUCCUAAUUUGUAUUUGCUCACACAGCUUAGAUUUGCCUGUACAAAUAUUUCUGAGAAGCUCUCACUCUCCCCGCCCCAUUGGGGGCACCCACACUGUACUCCAUAUAAGCACCUCAUUCACCACCAUGAACCGAUAAACAUAGGAAGUACCUUUUGUUACUACACAGUAAAUGUGUAACCAUUAAGAUAAUUCUAGCAGUAUAAAAUUGGCUGGCAAGCCCUUUUAUGAAUCAUAACAUAUGUGCAAUUCAUUUUAUCCUUUCUCCAUAAAGAAUACACAUUACAGUGCUUUGUCUUUUAUUGUGAUAAUGUUACUCCUUGUCAGUUUUCUUGAGACAAAAGUCUUGUAGUAAUAAAUUUGUAUUCACAGGUGCAUCCAGAGCUCACGAGCAUGUUCUUAGCUGAAUUUUAGCUUCAUAACAACAGUAGGCAGGGUGUGGCCCGCACCUCUUUAGUAGCUGAGCAGGAAGUCAGCUCUGACGGGGUAUUGUAAUCUGCUUUAUCACGGGAGCCUGAUGUUGUGUAACAGAAACUCCAGCUUGUCCUCGCCUGUCCUAAAGCAUUGCUUCAUGAAGGGAAAUAAACUCACUGGAAUAUUUGUGAAAUUCAAUUAAAAUGCUUUCCCAAGCACUCUGUUUUUAAAUGCAUGCUGGAACAAUUUAUUAUAGCCUUGUGGUCUUUUACAAACCAUAUUAAUUGAGUGAUUUCUUCAGUUGUAAUUAAGUGGAUCUGUGUUACUCUAGAAGCCCUGUGUCACUUCUGUGUCAGGUGAAGUAGUGGCCUAAACCCAGCCCUUUAUUUUUCCAGGAGAAGGGGACGAUCUGGCUGCCAUGGAUGCAGUGUUUGUUUAAUGAACAGGUUGCUUUCGUCCACUGAGUGCUUUGCCUCUGCUCACAAAAGUGCAUUCACUCCACUGUAGUGUGUUGAAACUUUUCAAUGGAAACGGAUUUUCACUAACAAAGGAAGCAUUUUCUCCCCCUUCCCAUGUCUUAGCUUUCCCCUCAAAGUCUUGGCUUCUCCAGCAGCUGUACCUCCACCAGCAAUGACAAAAGGUGCGAUUGUACUCGGAGAUGGCCAUGAAGAUAAUGUCACUGGAGUUUGUGUGGGCUCCCGAGGACUCUUUUCUUCUGUGUUUUGUUCUACUUUUGUUAUUUCAGAAGGUUUAGCAUGCCUUAAGAACAACAAGAACACCCCUUCUCCCCCAUGCCACCCAAAGGCUUUAGAACCCCUUUUUAAACCCUUAUCCUAUGAGACUGCUUCCUUCCAUUAGAUGUCUAUAGCUCUUAGGGAGCAACUUCUGCAGCAGGUUUGAAGACAUCCACCCAGACGUAGGAAUGGAGUGGGAUCCCGAAAGUGGUGAGUGGGUUGCUUUCUUGCAGGCAGGCCAAGAGAGUUUCAGUCUGACUUGAGGGCAGUCGGCAGUGUGCAUAGUAAGCUUCGUUACCUCCCUUCAUCUUCUCUGAGUUGUGACUCCAGCCCCAGGCUGGCAGCCUUCAUGCUCUGUCUAUUUACUUAAUUAACUCGAAGAUAACGUGUCUACAUCUCUUUUGGUUCCUUUUUUACUUAAGGUUCUGGGCAGUGGUGCUGAUUCUGAAGCACCAUUUACUUCUAGCAAAAAUCUUUCAGGUUUUCUGAUAGUUAGGCUGAACACCUAAUCUUUUUCAGGGGUUCUCUGUCCACCCAAUAGUCAAGCCAUCAGUGGAACCAAAUCAUAGGACCUAGCCAAGAUGGUCUCCAUUAGAUUCAGUUCCACCUAUAAAUGACCUUUUAGGCUGUGAUUCUUUUGUAUAAAUAGAUACUAGGUGGUGUACGUUUUCAACCACAGUCUCUGGCAGCCUUUCUAAAUCUUCCUCUUAAGAUUCAGCCAUCUUGUCAUUACUCACUAGACUCAGCAAGUGUGGAUAAAGAAGCCACCAGAAAGUCCUUCUGAAGUACAAACACACAUUCUGAAUACUGAUAAGCAGCAUUCUCCUCUUCCCUCCAAACAAGCAGAGAGAAAAGAUGUAAUGCCGGUUCAGCCAAGCCCACUGAGUGGCACUCUGCCACGAUGAUUCAUUUUGCCUUGGAGCAAUCUUACACCCUUUGUGAAACUAGGUCUCUUUUGGUUGAAGGAAGAAAAAGACUCCUCCAGAGCUGUCAGUCACUGCUUAAGCACUACCAAACGAAGGACUUAGUGGAUCAAGUUUAAUACACCCCAAGUGUCCAAACCUUCCUCUAGAUCUGUUCACCAUGCGACUCAGUCACCUGUGUCCCUGCAGCAUGCUUGUGCAAUAAUGCUUGAGUAAUAAUCUGACAGCUUGAAGUCACCUGGGGGAGAUGAAUGCAGUGUGGUGAUUCCAGCUGUGCUCAGCCCCUCGGUCCCACUCCUCCCUUGGGGAGGGAGCACUACUGCUAGACAGCAUGAGGAGCCGGCUGUGGACUUCUGUUCCUGACCUCCCACAUCUUAAAACACCACCAGUAUGUGUGUGUGUGUGUGCUUCUCAAGCUUGUUCAGUGAAGCCACCUGAGGAUUUCCACCAUUCCAGAAGAAAAAGGAGAAUGGGAAGCCACUGGGCUUUGUCUGUUACUGUUGUUUCCCCCUGCCAGUGGCAUACAUGCUCUCUGGGGAUCCAUUAGAGAUUCCACAAACCCAUUAGAGCAUGUCAGACUUAAAGGUGCAUAAGACAGUGUCACACACCUGUCACUCAGAAGGAUGAGGCAGGGGAAUUGGGAGACCUAAGCCAGCCUGGGCUACACAAUAAGUUCUGGGACAACUUGCAUUAUUUACUGAGAGAUAUUAUCUCAAAAAAAAAUCAAAUAGAUACAGUAAGUUCUGGAGUAGUUGUUUAGCCUGUGUCCUCUCAGACCCAGACUGAGUCAGGAAAUCUGGGUAUGAGAUCUAAGCAGACGCCUCAGUAAUAAGCAUCUUGCUGGUGGUUCUGGUAGAGAUGCUGCUCUGCGCAGUGCACAGGAGUCUUAUCUCUCUGCUAUCUGCCCUUUGUAUUCCACACUGAGCCGUGUAGAGUUUCGGGUUCGUAGGUGAGGGUCAGAAGGUGACCCAAGGGUUAGUGGGAAGCACAGUGCCUCGGCGCCUUACUAAACAAGUAAAGCUCUGAGUGCUGGGCCCCCAGAGCGUCUGCCAUGUCAGUCAUCAUGGGCUCUGCUCCUCAGUGAGAACAUGCUACACACACCUGCACCUCAUGCAGGACCUUUCCCUCGGGUGUGUUCUGCACGCAAGUCUCGCCGGGUGUUCGUGGUGCUUAUGUGCUGGCUCUCUGAACCUUAAAUCUUGUGGCUGUCAGAGGCUGACUUCGCUCUCUGGACUGAAGGCAGUAAGACAAAGGCAAAAGCGCUUCACAGUCCUCCUUCUCUAAACUGUGCUAGGGAGCAGUGCCGGCCUUCCAGCAGGCUUAAUCCCAAUGUCAGUGGGGCUGUGGUGUGACCAUACUCAAGCCUUAGAGGCACUGCCAAACCCUGUCUCGUUGAUGCCUCCCCUGGGACAGGACCAAGUGUUAGUGGUGACACAAGUCUUUAUCCCAUUUGAGACACUGAAGGAAAACACUUCGUCCUACUCUGGGCUGAGAAUAAAAAUCAGAUGCACUGACCAGAGUCUGCAGCUACUUUUCCGGUCUCAUUCAGUGUGACUUUGUCAUCUGGAAAGAAAGACCCAUAUCUUGGUGUCACAUAGCUAGCGGUUGAUUUCAUGUCUCUCCUGAAGUGCGCCUCCACUGCAAACAUCAGAUCUGGGUAGCUGUUGAGUGGUAUACAUUUUAUACAUACUGAUUUUUUUUAAUUGUCAUUACAGUUACCACCUAAGCAAUAAAUGUUGUUAGCAGAUAGCCUGUGAGAGAGAGAUGAUAGUUUGUCUGGGUUGUUUUAGCCCACAGGAGAGCUGUCCAAGUAGAAAUGUGCAACAGGCUACUGGGGUGAAAGCCCCAGUUGAGUCUGCCCAAGAUGGCUGAGAGAGAAGCUCUCCACAUCUGUGUCACAACUUUUCAUUGGGGGUUUUGGGGUGUGUGUGUGUGUGUGUGUGUGUGUGUGUGUGUGUGUGUGUGUGUCUCACUGUAGCCCUGGAUAACAUGGAAUUGUGUAGAUGAGGCUGACUCUGACCUCACAGAGAUGGGCCUGUCCCUGCCCGCUGAGCAUUGAAAUUGAGGUACUAUACAUUGCACCUGACUUUUGUGGCUUUUUUGUGGUUGUCUCAGUACAGUAUUCUGUAUUGCUGAAAGUUAUGAUUAUAUACUAGUUUUAUAAUCAAACUUAAAUGUUGCUGAAAUAUAGUUGUAAUUUAAAUAUGUAGCAAUGAUGGUAGACUGUUUUUAAAAAUAAUGGAAUGACAUUAAUAUCCUUUAGUCAUCUUUAAAAACAGUUUGGGUAAUUCAUAAAUUUAAAAAUUGACUCUGUUUAAAAAUAAUAUUACCCAAGAGUGCUAGCUCACACCUCUAUUCUCACGCCUACCUUGGGAGGUAGAGGCCAGCCUGGGACACAUAAUGAAUGCAGGCCCCCUUGAGCUGCAAAGCACACCCAAAGGCCAAGGUAAAUACUUAAAUAGGAAAAUUUAAAAGCGAAAUCUAAAAUGCCAGAUUGAGAUUAGAUAAAUUUAAAAUCUAAACUUAGUAUAAAGGAAAGCUUAACAUUAUGUGUAUUUUUUUUUCUCCUUGGUUCAUAUUUGGAAAGAUGGCAGCUGACUCAUGACUGGCUGUUGAGAUUGACGGAUCACUCUUUUGUGUGACGGUUUUGAAAACAUGCUUAGUCCAUUUAGCCUACCAAAUUGCUGCUCAUUAUCGACCUGCUUGUCAGGAAUUUGUCAUCUAGUAAAUCACAUUUUUGAGGGAGGUGAUUAUUCUUCUAAGGGGACAUGUACUGCUCUAGUGCUUGGCUUGCAGGUAAGAAGAAUUCACUUGUGUCUCCUCCUUGCCUUAUUUAAAAGGAUUAGGGCUGCUGUAAAUCCUGUCAGCCAUGCUAAAAUUGUCUUAACUUCAAAAACACUCGAGGCUCUGCAGAGAGAAAACAGAAUUCUAAAUGAAUUAUUUUUUCUAAGGAAAUAGACACUUCCCUUCCAAAGAUGAAUGAGAAUUCGUUUUCCUUUUUUCUCAUUUAAAUUAGCAAAUUAGUAUACAGUUAAUAGUAUGUUAGCAUAUAAGUAGAAUUAAUUAUUUUUACCUCAACAUUUUAAAAGAACACAUUGCCACUUGGAAUUGACAGCAGUGCCCUUUGUAUUCCCCAGCUGUGAAUUAAUUAUGUGUUGGUAGCACAUUAAAUGAUAAUCAGGUUAAAAUACAUACGAUACAGAGACAACUGUAGCUUCAUGAAGAGCACAGUCAGCAUGGGAAGGAAGUAUAGACGACAGUGCAUGACCGUGUCCUGUACACCUACUCCCGGACUCUUGGAAGGCCUCACCGCAGCCUUUACAUCUAUGGAAGAGCUGGAUUUAACAAGAAGGUUCAUAAAGAAAUCAUAAUUCCCUCAGGUGUCUCCCGAGCGUGUCCACACAUUUAGAAGGUAGGAAAGAUCGACUCAACAGCAGGCUGUCUAAACAACCCCAGUCACUGGGAGCUCAAAGUGGGCAGCUAUUGUUUCUUUAACCAAAGGAGAAGUUUUUAAUGCUUAGCCCCUAAAAGUAGAGUGUCUGGAGCUGGAGGGGUAGCUCAGUGGAAGAACAUGUGUCUCCCCCACCCCGCCACACCCCCACCAAAAAGAGGAAGCAAUGGAGUGAGUGUCUGCUUGGGGAAACGUUGGCAGGCAUCAUUCAAGAUUUGCAAAGAGGCCAGGCACCUUCCCAGCCCACGGGGAUUUGUACAUUUCUUUUGAGUACUGUCUUUAGUUUCUUUCACGAAACUGAUCUACUGAUUUGCCGAAAGCGUCUUCACCUCCUCCUCCCUUUUGUUUUGCUGAGGUAGCUUGAGGUCUGGGAAAUGCAUGUCAUAGAGUGGGUACAGCACAGUGGGUUCCUUCUUUUAGCCAUGAGCCAGCCACCAUGGAGUAGCACUGUUCUAACUUAACUAUGAAUAAAACUAGGGCCCAGACUCUUGAGUCCUUUUCUCACAUCUGACAUCUUUCUUUGAAAAUAGUUUAAAAACUCACACUGUUGUGUGUAGAGUAUGGGUUUUACUGCUGAUUCACGUUGCCUUGUGAGAUACCCGGAUCCACUCAUGUCUCAUCCCUGACAGGCAUCCGUGUCGUUUCCUGCUUGGGCUCGUACAGUUUCCUUAUACAAUGUCUAGUAUGUGCAUCUCAACAGGCUUGCAACAUUUCUGUCAAGAUCAGCUUAGCCUUAAUGAAAACCUGGGGUUUCCUGAAAUUCCAUGAAAUACUUGUGCAUAUCACUAGGCAUGGUCAUAAGCUUCACGUGAACAAAUUAUAUGAAAAACAAAACAAAACAAAAACAAAACAGGGGCAGAGUGUGUUCUUAAGAAAACUCCAGACUUUUCUAAGAGUUCAAACAGCACUGCAUAUGCCUUUAUGUGGAGGCAUUAGAUGGAGUUGAGCUGCAGACUUUAGCUUGUAGAUUAGAGCGUGGCAUUAUCUCCCCACAGAAGCACAGAUAUUAGGUUACCAUGAGUUGCAACUGUUAGUGUUAUUUGAUGAUAAAUGGGUUGUGUGUGAGAGCGAUCAUGAGAACACUGUAACUUAGAUUGAUUAAUUGAUUGAUUGAUUUGGGAUACUGAGAAUCACACUACAGUCUUGCUAAGGCUGGACAAGACUCUAUCUCUGAAUUGUAUCUCACCCAGUGUGUCUUUAGAUGAGUCUUGGCUUUAUCUUCCUCCAGAUCUAAGGCAAGAAGUAAUGAUUUCACUAGAGUAUGAGCAAGGCCAGGAUGAACUUUAUGAGCCAAGCAGACCUAUAUGGCAUUUUAACUUCUAUCACUACUGUUUAAAAUUACUAAACUGGAGAGAUGGCUCAGCGGUUAAGAACUCUAGUUGCUCUUUCAGAAGACAUGGGUUCAGUUCCAAGACCCACAUGGCAGCUCACAACUGUCUGUAAUGUCAGUUCCAGGGGAUCCAACACCCUCACACAAAGGCAAAAUACCAAUGCACAUAAGAUAAAAAUAAAUAAAAUUACCAAACUGGAAUAGUAAGGAUCUUUCAUACUUUCUCCAUAUUCUAAAUUUUAUUUAAUGAAUAUAUAAUACUUUUUUUUUAUGUGACUGGAUCUUGCUAUGUAACCUUGGCUGGCUUGGAGCUUACUGUGUAGACCAAUUUGGCCUUGAACUUAAAGAGAUAUGCCUGCUUCUGCCUUCCAAGUGCUGGGGUCAAGGUGUGCACUGCCAUACUUAACCUUAUAAAUAUAUAGUACUUUUAUUGCAGUUACUUGUGUAUCUUGUAGGGGAGGUACAGGUGUCACAGUGCACAUGUUAUAUGGCAUAUGUGAACCUCAUAGAACAGCCUGCCAAAGCCAGUUCUUUCCCUCUAUCAUGUGGGUCUCAGGCGUUGAACUCAAGCCAUCAGGCUCAGUAGCAAGCACUUGUACCCAUUGAGCUAUCUUACCAAGCCACAUACUGCUUUUACUAAAAGAUGUAUUUAUUAUGUGUGUGUGUGCAUGCAGGUGUCCAUGGAGACCAGAAGAGGGUGUUGGCUCUCCCAGAGCUGGAGUUCUAAGUGACUGUGAGUCACCUGAUGCAGGUGCUAGGAACUGAUCAUUGGUCUUUUGCGAGAGCAGCAAAUGAUCUUAACUGCUGAGCCAUCUCUCUAGCCACCCCCUCUUCUACAUAAUACUUUUAAGUCAGAAGAUAUCUUUCAAAUAAUUUUAAGAAAAUCUUUAAAUAAUUA